AUGCUCCAUUAUGUUUUGUUGUUGUGUUCACUGGGAAUCUUGUCGAUUCACUCGCAAGAUCUGAGUCAAGUCUUGUCCAGAGUCCCACCGGUGACAGUGAAAGCACAGAAUACAAUCAUCUUGCCAGUUUCCUAUGAUAUUCAGAUUCAAUUUCCACUUUCUGAGGUCAGUGAUCCGGACACUCCCCUCUUCACCGCAAGAGUCGUCAUACAAUUUGACCUGACUGAAGAGCUCCGGGCAAAUGCCGAUCCGGAGAGUCACGUCCUGUCGACAAGUGUCGACUUCUCGAUUCUCGGCUUAGAUCAUUUCGAGAAUGUUUCCGUUGUUUACAAUGGACUCGAGCUACCAUUAGCAAAUGUGAUUCUCACCGAAGACAAUGUGAAAAUGAUAUUUGAUCAACCGGUGCUUUUUCCUGGAAGAUACACUCUCAGCAUUCAGCGGUACAAGGGCUUUAUUGGAUCAGCGUUGUACUACAGAGAUGCUGGAGAUCAUGCAGUAUUCGGUUCAUCGUUAUUCCCGAAAAGAGUCGCCGCUCUGUUCCCUGUUAUUUCAUCAAUUGUCUCAAAAGUUCCAAUCUCACUCACCAUCGUGCAUCCCAACAAUAUGACAGCGCUUUCAUCGGCUCCCGUUGAUGGCCCACCAGCGAGCGUUGAUGAGAAUUGGAUGGUGACCAGCUUCCGUCCAACAGCUCCAAUCGGACCCGGCUCUCUAGCAAUAGCCCUUCUACCAAUGGAGUACGAUGUGCAAGCCAAUACACUAACCGGUAUCCUCCUCUCACUUCACUACAACAAAUAUCGAAUGACUGAAAAGCAGGCGCUCGGCGCUCUCUCACACGCCACAAAAGUGGUCGCAUUGUUAAGAUCAUUUUUCUCCUCGGCUGUCCCGAUGGCGCAACUCGAUAUCGUUGUCAUCAACGAUGUGAUUCAAUCAAACAGCUAUGGUACAAUAAUCAUUCCCGAAGACGUAGUUCUUGGCUCUGAUACAGCAAAUUUGAUCUACAUAUUGGCCGGUCAGAUCACGAGACAAUGGCUCGGUGGAAUUGUGACUGUUUCGAAUGAGAAAGAGAUUUGUUUACAAGAAGAUCUUGCCGAGUAUGUGGCGCUGAAAGUCGUGAAGAGGAUGACGAACGAUGAAGGUCUACGCUUAGCUCUUUAUGCAAAAGUGAUGAUGAAUGAGGAUUUCUUCGAGAAUGGACACAAUUUGGAGUUGGAUGAAGUGACGGAUCGAGAAAUAACGUCAAUUUGUGGGUUGAAAGGCGUGCUUUUUCUUGAAUCGAUUGAGUCGAUAAUUGGAGAAAGAGAUCUUCUACAACACGUCAAUGCUUUAAUAUUUACCACAAAAGAUGCGCAUUUCAAUCUAAACUCGUUUAUGAAACAAAUCUCUUCUCGCAUCGAUGAGGAUGUCGAUUUGGCUCAAGUUUAUGCUUUCUGGUUUCGCAGUCGUGGAGUACCACAUUUGAUGGUGAAAAGGGUUCGCGAUUCUCUUCAACUCACUCAAAUCACCAAUCGAACUAUGGAAAUUGAUGGGGUACAAGCAGCGAUGACCAUUUGGCCUCUUAUACUCGAUUUCUCCGAUUUCCAAUUACCUCUUCAUUUCAUGCUUUCACAGGGAAUUCAUCUAGCUCCAGUUCGCGAUUCGCUUUCUCUAUCAAAUUUAGGUUUCCGACAUUUUUAUCGAGUCAAUUAUGAUGUGGACACGUGGAGACAGGUGAAAGAUGCCCUUUUCCACAACACUUCAAUGUACGCGAGAAGAGAAAGAGCUCAAUUGGUUUCCGAUUUUUGCUUUUUCUAUCAGAAAGGCGAAAUCGAAGACGAGGUGAAAGCAGAAAAGCUGAGAGCCGAAUUUAUUCAAAUGGUUCGAUUGAAAUCGAGUGAUUUUGAGUUAUGCGAGCUGGUUGCUUGGGGAUGUGGAGCUGGAUCGAUCAAGAGGAAAGCUCCACGUGAUGUUUUGCUGAAGUUGAGACGUCAAUUGUGGGAUGCGAUGAGGAAUGAGAUUGAUUUCAGUUGUGGAAGAGGAGCUGUGCACAGUGUGGCUGAUUUGUUGUGUCGAGAGACAACUGGGAGUGGCUGUUUG